AUGCGCGGGCUGGGGCUCUGGCUCGUCGGUGUCCUCUGGCCACAGGCAAUCACCCUUGGGUCUUCUUUGCCGCAUGUGGAGCAGUAUGAGGUUAUAUGGCCUCAGCGCCUGCCUGGAUCCCGUGCCCGCCGAGCCCUCCUCUCCCCUGGGGGCCUGUACCCAGAGAGUGUGAGCUAUAUUCUUGGGGCCGAAGGACGUACAUUUACCCUGAACCUUCGGAAGAACAGGGCUCUGCUGGGCUCGGCCUACACUGAGACCUACUUGGCCACCAAUGGGUCUGAGGUGACAGAGCAGCUACCCAGUCAGGACCACUGCCUAUACCAGGGCCAUGUGGAGGGCCAUCAGGACUCAGCUGCCAGCUUUAGCAUCUGCUCUGGCCUCAGGGGUUUCUUCAAGGUGAGCUCUGCUGUCCACCUGAUCGAGCCUCUGGAUGGGGACAAAGAGGAGGGGCCGCAUGCGGUGUACCGGGCUGAGCACCUGAAGCAGCAGACUAGGGCCACCUGUGGGGUCAGUGAAACCAGCCUGGACAACCGCCUGGGAACACGGGUUCUGGCAGCAUUCAGGUCCCACUACAGGAGCCAGCUGCUGUCCCAAGAGACCCGCUAUGUGGAGAUGUAUGUGGUCACAGACAGCAUGGAGUUCCAGAAGUUCAGGACCAAGGAAGCUGUACGCAGCCGGGUACUGGAGGUGGUAAACCACGUGGACAAGCUUUAUCAGGAACUGAAUUUCCGUGUGGUCCUGGUAGGCCUAGAGAUCUGGAGCAGGGACAAGUUCCACGUUAGCCCCUAUGCCAAUAUCACACUGGAUAACUUCCUGUCUUGGCGGCAACGAGCCCUGCUGGGCCGUCAUCACCACGAUAAUGUACAGUUCAUCACGGGAAUCGACUUCAUCGGGACCACCGUGGGAUUGGCCAAAGUGUCAGCCAUAUGCUCCCGAGACUCAGGAGCUGUGAACCAGGACCACAGCCACAACCCUAUUGGUGUGGCAUCCACCAUAGCCCAUGAGCUGGGUCACAACCUGGGCAUGAACCAUGACGAGAACAUCCCAGGCUGCUACUGUCCAGUAUCGAAGGAGAAUGGAGGCUGCAUCAUGGCCGGCAGCCUGAGCUCCCAGUUCCCCAAGAUGUUCAGCCACUGCAGCCGGACUGACCUACAGGAGCAGGUGGAGAUGACACACUCCAUCUGCCUGGCCAAUGCCCCAGACCUCAACAUGCUGGUGGGCGGCCCUGUGUGUGGAAAUCUGUUUGUGGAGCGUGGGGAGCAGUGCGACUGUGGCAGCCCCCAGGACUGCCGGAACCCCUGCUGCAAUGCCACCACCUGCCAGCUGGCCGAGGGAGCGGAUUGUGCCUAUGGAGGCUGCUGCCACAAUUGUAAGGUGAAACCAGCCGGCGAGACCUGCCGCGUUCAGAGGGAUGAGUGUGACCUGGAGGAAUUCUGUGAUGGCAGGCACCCAACAUGCCCCAAAGAUGCCUUCCAGGAAAACGGCACACCCUGUCCAGGGGGUUACUGCUUCAACGGGAACUGCCCCAGCAUGGACCGGCGGUGCCAAGAGCUGUGGGGACCAAGGGCCCAGGCGGCAGUGGACACCUGCUUCACCCACAGCAUCCCGCCAGGCUGCCAGGGCCGGGUCUUCUCUAGCAGAGGCAUCAUCAACAACUGUGGAACUCUGUACUGCAUGGGUGGACUGCUGCCCCGGGAGCGAACGUCAUGCACCUUCCCCUCCCACGGGGUCUCCUGCCAAGCUCUCGCCAUGGACAGCAGUGUUACCCCCUAUGAGCCAGUGCCUGAGGGCACCAAAUGUGGGGAGGGGAAGGUCUGUUGGAAGGGGUUCUGCCAGGAGCUCAGCAUCUAUGGAGAACGGAACUGCUCUGCCCAGUGUCACAACCAUGGGGUGUGCAACCACAAGAAGGAAUGUCACUGCCAUCUCGGCUGGGCUCCACCCUACUGUGCAGAACGACUGACAGAUGCGCAAACAGUCACUCCUAGGAGCUUUCUGGUCAAAGGGCUGGUGGGCCUGGUGCUCCUGGCAGCUGUGGUCAUCCUGGCAGCCGUCAUCAUCCACCACAAGCUCCGGAGGAGGGGUAUUGUGCCCGAGACCACAGGACUCUCCAACCCCCUGUUCUAUGGAAGAAACAGUGGCAUGCCAGCCAAAGACAGGAUUCAGGGCCCUACAGGCCUGGCCUCUGUCUGCAGCAGGCAGUCCCCCAAGCCCCCGGUGGUCCCCAAGAGGCCUUCUCCAGCUCCUCCAGCCGCCAUGUCCAGUCCAGCCGUCACCAUCCCUGUCUAUCCCCAGCAAGCACCAGAGCAGCUCCGACUGCCUCCACCUACUAUGCCCCUCCCAAAGCUGAAGCCCAAGCAGGCCAAGCUAGCCUCUGUGCCUCCAGUCCCACCAGUCAAGCCCAAGGCUGGAGGGCCCAUUCCUGGAGUGACUCAGGUGGCUGAUGGCCCAAAGGUGGCCCUGAAGCCUCCUGUGCAGAGGAGGUGACCCGCAGUGCACCUGCUGGCCCCUGAAAGUUUGAAGUCAGGGGUCCUGUAGAAGGCUCUUCCACAGUAAGUGCCUCUCAGCUCAGGACUGAGGCUGGACCUCAGCAACAUUCUAAUUUUGGAAUGAAUCUCCUAGAACGUUCCUGCUAUCCAGGGGGCCCAGUCUGCCUCUUGCAGCUAGUCACUCACCUUGGCCAGUUUAGCCUGUGUGUCUGCGAUCACAUCACGAGGGUGGGCUGGCUGUCACCUGCUGUGAUCCUGGCAGCGGUCCCAGUCCCUGAGGCCCACCACCCUGCACCCAGGACACUGCCCCCCGCCGCCCCCCAAGGAAGGGCCUGUGCACCGCCUCAGGAGGCUGUUUCGCGAGAGCAGCUCCGCCCAGUUCCCCUGACAGGGGUCAGCCUGGGGCCCAGUCUGCACCCACGCCAAGGGCCAGGGCGUGGGAAGAGUC